UCUCUCUUCAUAUUAGCACUAAGUAUAAUUUAACCACCUGGAGCACAUUCAAUGUUUUGUGGUUAAACACGUGAGUUGCUACUUUUAGACUUUGCACCUCAGACUCAGGAGGAGACAUACAAAAGCCAGGUCUCUCUCCUUCACACAUUGUCAAAAGAGGAGUAUACUGUCAUUGUUUGGUGGUAAAGUGUUGGGCAUAAGACGAUAUUGCUUCGUCAAUGUCCCAGACUCAGGCAGAGAGAAUGAGAUCAGUUUUCAUCAACGUCUCCAAGAUCCCCCUGCUCCUCCUCUUCCUGUACAUGUUCGUCUGCUCGCUGGAUGUUUUGAGUUCUGCCUUCCAGUUAGCAGGAGGUAAGGUGGCUGGGGACAUCUUCAACGACAACGCCAUCCUGUCCAACCCGGUGGCAGGGCUGGUGGUGGGCAUCCUGGUGACGGUUCUGGUCCAGAGCUCCUCUACCUCCACCUCCAUUGUCGUCAGCCUCGUCUCCUCGGGACUACUCAAUGUGAGGUCUGCCAUCCCAAUCCUCAUGGGAUCCAAUAUUGGGACGUCCGUCACCAACACCAUCGUUGCUCUGAUGCAGGCUGGAGAGAGGGAUGAGUUUGAACGGGCAUUUGCUGGAGCGACGGUGCAUGACUGUUUUAACUGGCUGUCAGUGCUGGUGCUACUGCCCCUGGAGGAAACCACAGGCCUGCUGAGAAGACUGUCUCAGGCCGUAGUUGACACCUUCCACAUCAGCUCUGGAGACAAAGCCCCAGAGAUGCUUAAGGUCAUGACUGAACCACUCACCAAACUCAUCAUUCAGUUGGACAAGUCUGUCAUCACAGGCAUCGCCAUGGGAGAUGAGGCCAUGAGUAACAGGAGUCUGGUGAGGGUAUGGUGUAAGAAUCACAUCCUAACGUCCUCUGUGAAUGUUUAUGUUGGUGAUUCCUUCAACUGUACGUCAAUACAACCCUGCUGGCAAAGCAAUGCAACAACCUGGACAACACAGAACAUGACUCUGCUUGUAAAUAUAGAAAAAUGCAGCCAUCUGUUUGUGGACUCGUUUUUGUCCGACCUGGAAGUAGGCAUCAUUCUGCUAGCCUGCUCUCUUCUGCUCCUGUGCACCUGUUUGUUGCUGCUGGUCAAGCUGCUCAAUUCCCUGCUCCAAGGCCAGGUGGCUAAGGCCAUCCAGAGGAUAAUCAACACAGACUUCCCCUACCCGUUUGGCUGGCUGGCAGGUUACCUGGCCAUCCUGGUGGGGGCUGGCAUGACCUUUGUGGUCCAGAGCAGCUCAGUGUUCACCUCUGCCAUCACUCCUCUCAUAGGUAUUGGUGUUAUCAGCAUUGAACGUGCCUACCCUUUGACCCUGGGGUCAAACAUUGGCACAACCGCUACAGCUAUCCUGGCAGCAUUGGCAAGCCCAGGGGACACGCUGGCUGCAGCUUUCCAGGUCGCCUUGUGUCAUUUCUUCUUCAACAUACUGGGCAUUCUGCUGUGGUACCCUGUGCCCACCACCCGCCUGCCCAUCCGUAUGGCCAGGACUCUGGGGCAGCGCACAGCCAAGUAUCGCUGGUUUGCUGUACUCUACCUGCUUCUGUGCUUCCUGCUCCUGCCCUCGCUCGUCUUCGCCCUCUCCAUGGCAGGCUGGCAAAUGAUGGCUGGGGUGGGCGUGCCCUUCGCUGCGGCCCUCCUCUUGGUGUCUGUGGUGAACAUGCUGCAGGUUCACAGGCCAGGGUGUCUGCCAGUGAGGCUGCAGAGCUGGGACUUCCUACCUGUCUGGAUGCAUUCCCUUCAACCCCUGGAUACCCUAAUCACCAAGGUGACCCUGUGCUGCGCUAAAGGAGCCAGCGAGCCUGGUCUGAUACAGUGCUCCAUGGACCAUGAUGGUCCUCAGAAGAGGAGCCACAUGGCUUUGGACAACCUUGUUCUGUGUUACAUAGACGAAGCCCCCACAGUGGUAAUGUCCCAGGGGGCAGACGAAGCCCCCACAGUGGUAAUGUCCCAAGCAGCAGACAAAGCCCCCACAGUGGUAAUGUCCCAGGGGGCAGACAAAGCCCCCACAGUGGUAAUGUCCCAGGGGGCAGACAAAGCCCCCACAGUGGUAAUGUCCCAGGGGGCAGACAAAGCCCCCACAGUGGUAAUGUCCCAGGCAGCAGACAAAGUCCCCACAGUGGUAAUGUCCCAGGGGGCAGACAAAGCCCCCACAGUGGUAAUGUCCCAGGCAGCAGACAAAGCCCCCAAAGUGGUAAUGUCCCAGGGGGCAGACGAAGCCCCCACAGUGGUAAUGUCCCAGGCAGCAGACAAAGCCCCCACAGUGGUAAUGUCCCAGGGGGUGAACAGGGUCAGGAGCACACGUCUGUAGAACAUAUGACACUGGAACAACAGAAAAACAGAGCAGAAUAUCUUGUGAAAGCAGCAUCGUGGACUGCAAGAAAUGUGCAGUGAUGAUCUAAUGUUAUGGAACAACGAGACUGGAGCAGAAAACUGUAGGAGCUUGUGGUUGCAUGAAAACAUGACCCCACUCACAGUCAGUUCUUUUAUGGAUUGCGGAAAUCAUGCAUGAUGCAAGCAGUUACAAAACAGUGUUUACUGUAGUUGAGUUAUGUCACACACUGUACAAAGCCAAGGAAUCAUUAAGAGUUUAUUAUUUACUCACAGUAACUCUAUUUCCAGACAAAUGUUUGGGCCUAUAGCCAACAGGACAUAUGUAUUAUACCAUCAUUUCCCACAAUCAGGAUAGAAUUUCACUUUCUGUCAAAACAAACACUUCUUCCUCUUUGCUAUCAGUCAGGAGAGGCAGUAAAUGUCUGUCUCUCUGCUGAAAAUGCAGGAAGUCUGAUUGAAUAGAAUGACAAAAACCACUCAGCCAAUUAAAAGGCCUUAAAAAAAGAAUACAAGUUAUGCAUAUGAAUGGCUGCGUAAUUGAAGCUAUAUAGGAGGGAAUGGACGCCUCCACUCGCUAAUUAUAAAGCGACGGGGCUCUGAAUGGUUGAUUAAACAUCCAUUUGGUGGCAUAAUGGCAAGUGAUUUCCCCAGUUUCAAUACAUUUUAGGCUUAACGUCUCCUCGCUACUCUUUGAACAAUUGGUACUUUAACCACAUGCAUAUUCCAGAGAGUUAAAAUGAGAUGAUUUGAUCAUUUUGUUCAAAAUCACAAUUAUUGUACAUAUAGGAGUUUCAUAUUUGGCAUGAGAUGGGAAGCAAUUGUUAUAUAUGCUAAAUGUAUCAAGUCAACUGUGUGUAACACAGAAAGACAUGAUUCUGCCUUUCCUAUUUAAAAGACACAGUAGAGCAGGGCAAAUGGCUUUUCACCGGACCAGUUUUUCCAACCGAGCUGAGACAGACAAGAGAGUUGCCAGUGUCAUGAAACUAGAAGCUAGAAUAGAAUUUAGUAAUAAUUCAGAAUAUACCACAUCUAACAGUCAGCAGAUAGGGAGUUUGAUAUCAUCCGUAAUAGCCAAGGACGAUAGAUGAAGAGCAGCCAUGAGAUGGCAUGUUUUUAUUAGAUAAAAAGUUCUUGAGGCAGACCUAUUUUAAGUGUAGGCUACUUUUCUUGUGACAGAAGCCUACAGAGCCUUCCAGUACAGAGCCCUAGACUACAUUUU